AUGCUAGCUGUGCUGAAGACCGAUCCUUCAUCAUGCCCUCCUGGACCAUUACGAUCGGAUCCUAGUACUCGAGAUCAGCCGGUUUGGUACCAGUUCCAUAGGACCCCUGGGUAUGAAACUACAGACUACAGACACCUCUGGGAGGAGGUGGUUAACAUGCUCGCCAUGGAAUAUCUUCGGGAGUAUCUGAGUGAAAGGGUGAGAAAUAACUAUGGUAUAGCCGGACCAGCCAAAGAUAAAUGUGCACUCGAUGCUUCUCCGCAUAUCAUCAACAUGAUUUUUGGCUGGUCCAUGAUCGCCGAGACCAGCUUUUCUGCAUCCAGAAAGAUGAAGAUCUCGGUAACAUGGGAAAAGAGAACUCGAGACUUUCUAGAUGAGGAUUUGAUUACCUUCUCCGACGAGGAUGCGGUAGGCGUUACUUUACCCCACAAUGAUGCCUUAGUUAUCACCGUUCUCAUUGGUUGCUAUCAAGUAAAACGAGUAAUGGUUGAUCCGGGGAGUUCGGCUAACAUUCUCCGCUGGAAAGUAGUGGAGGAGAUGGGACUUCUAAAGAAAAUCAUACCGGCAGCAAGGACCCUAGCCGGCUUCAAUAUGUCCAGUAAAACUACUAAAGGCGAGAUCGACUUUCCAGUAGAAGGCGGAAGGGUAGUCAAAGUAACAAAGUUCUACGUGAUUGACGGCGAUAUGCGAUACAACGCAAUCUUCAGAGGCCUUGGCUCCAUGAUAUGA